AUGGCCUCUUUCGACGACGGAGACUUCCCCGCUCAUACCGAUUCUCCCUCCCAACAGGACGAUUCCUUCAUAAGCAUUACUGGAAAAAGCAGUUGCAGAGCUUACCCUGCGGUCCUAAACCCGGAGGUUGCUGCUGCUGCUGCCCCGGGAGAGGAGGGUGAGAAACAUGUCGCUGAGGAUGAGGGAGCCAAGGCAGAGUGA